GUUCUCUCGCUCUCCUUUUCUAAGUUCUCUUCCAGGGCAUAAGCAGUUAGCGAGUAUAUUUAACAAAAGAAAAGUCUAGACAAGCGAAAGCAGGGCGAAUAAGGCCACCCAAGUAGCAUCGGCAAGGAAAAUCGUAAUGAAUACAGAAAACGACAUGGACCUCAAUUUAUAUCGACCUUUAUUAGAUGCUGCCAUGAAUGAUGAGUGGGAGUCAAUAGGAAAUUUCAUUGAUAGUCAUCUCGAAGUUCCAAUAACAGCAUGCGGAAGGACUGCAUUGCAUAUUGCAGCUGGUGCAGGAAACUCAAAGUUCAUGCUAAAACUGCUCGAACGCAUGCCAACAGAAGCACUAGAAUUGAAAGACGCUUAUGAUGGUAACACAGCUCUUCAUCUUGCUGUUAUUGGUGGGCUUGAAGAUGCUGUUAAAGCAAUGGUGCAGAAACAUGAAAACUUAAAACGUAUGUGUAACGGAAAGGGGUUGAAUCCGCUACUCAAUGCUGCUAUUCAUGUUAGUUUCGAGCAUACAGAAAUUAUUAAAUUCCUUUGUGAUGAGAUGAAAGAUGAACCAAGUUUCUUACAAGGUUGUUCGGGAGCUCACCUCAUAUGCAGUAUAACUCGUGCAGAUUUAUAUGAAUUGGCAUCUGAUCUAAUCCGUGAAUACCCAAGUUUAGCAACUGCACGUGAGGGCGACGGAAGCACUUUGCUAGAUGUUCUAGCAGAAAAGGGUUCUCAUGUCAAGUUAUCAUAUAUGCCUCUCAAUGUGAUAUUCACACUCCUCCCAUCUUUAAAGGCUUAUCGCCGUGAAAGGCUGAGCUUUUCAACAUUUCUCCCGGAACUACUUGAUAUUAUCUCUGAAGAAAUUGCGUGCAUGACCAGGGUAGACAUGCAUCAUUUUUUCUGGGGCUCCAAUUUCCUAAAAACUGCGGCAGAAAAUGGUACCAUUGAAAUUGUGAAAUUGUGUAUCUCCACUUAUCCAGAUCAGCUUUGGUUUCCUCACGAGGAAAGAAACAUACUUCAAAUAGCGGUGGAAAACAGACAAGACAGUGUAUUUGAUUACUUGUACGAUCACAUGAACGCAGAUGAGAAGAUUCUAAUUACACGCGUAGUAGAUCCAAACGGCGGUAAUAUCUUACAUAUUGCUGCAAAACUUGCGCCUGCUUGUCGACUAAACAUUUAUAGCAGCAUUGUUGUUCAAAUUAAAAGUGAGAUCAGAUGGUUUAAGAAAGUGGAGAAGAGGGUACCACCUGCAUUCAGAAAAAAAAGAAAUGAUAGUGGAGAAACUCCUCAACAGGUUUUCACUCGGGAGCACAAAGAUUUAGUGAAAAAAGGAGAGGCUUACAUGAUACGUACAGCCGAAUCAUGUUUAGUAGUGGCCGCUUUAGUAGCUACAGUUGCUUUUGCUGCAAUAUUUACAGUGCCGGGUGGAAAUUUCAGUGACAGUGGAGAUCCAAUAUUCUUGGGAAAGAAGUCAUUCAUUGGAUUCAUGGUGGUUGAUGCUAUAGCUCUCUUAAAUUCAACUACGUCAAUUCUUGUGUUUUUAUCCGUCCUGGCUGGUAGUUAUGCAGAAGCAGAUUUUGAGAUGAUAUUACCGACAAAGUUAGUGUUUGGUCUUGGAAGUCUUGACGUAUCAGUAAUCAGUGUGAUAGUUGCAUUUAACAUUGCGUUUGAUAUCAUACUUGGGAGUAGAUAUGGAUGGGCUCCAUUUCUGAUAGCCGGGUUUACAUUUGCUAGUGUUUUUGUAUAUUUGGGUUUACUGACGAACUUCCAGAGGGAAUUAAUCGGCUUCUAUCGACUUCGCAACUAAUGUAUGCCGCCUGGCUUUGAAAAAUGUCUGAUAAGCAUGGAAUUCCGCAUCAGUUUCAUGUUUGAAUGUAUGAUCAGAGGUUUACGUGCAUUUCAAUUUGUUUUGAGGUUAAGUCAGGAUAUUCGUCAGGAACGCAUCCAGACGAUGGUUGGCUGGCUAGUUACCUAUUGUCCGGAGUAAAUUUGGAAAUCACAAAACAUUGUUGUCUUUUUUAUUGGUUGAUCUGAAGAAAGUAAUCUAUUCUCAUUGGAUUAGAGCUUUGGACGAAUUUAAAUGUGAAAAUUUGAUAAUAUUGGCAUACGAACAUGUCAU